AUGAGCAAGCUUGGUUUUGUUGUUCUGCUCCUAACAAAUAUCUUACUACUUCAAGCCAUGGCACAUGAAUCUGAGGCAGAGGCACCAUUUCCUGAGAUAAACAUAAACCAUUCGGAGCAUAAAACUCAAAAUGAAGUCCAGCUUCAUGAUCAUGAUAUAGUCGAAGAUCAUAAAGUUUCUGGCGCUACUUCUGAUUCAGCAUCAGAUGACAAUGGAGAAUCAUAUUCUAAAGUGGCUGAAGCUCCGAAUAUUCGACGGAUGGGGAAGCAUCAUUCGACAGACAAGUCAGUGGCAGGUGGAGGUGUAAUCAUUGGUGGUCUUGUUACUGCCAUUUUUGCAGCUGUUUUUAGCUAUAUUCGGGUUACCAGGAAAAGAGACAGAGACACUGGUUACUGA